UGACAAGAAUUUUCACGAUCAGGCACAUGGAACCCUGUAUUAUCAUCCACGGCGGCUGCAGAACGAUACCUGAUGAAUAUCAAGAGUCCGUAAGACAGGGUGUUAAGCUCGCAGCUAGGAAAGGAUAUGAAGUUCUUCUUGAGGGAGGAAGUGCAGUGGAUGCUGUUGAGGCAGCAGUAAGAAACAUGGAAGACAAUUCAAUUUUUAAUGCUGGACAUGGAUGUGCUCUUACAGCGGAGAACACAGCUGAGCUUGAUGCCUUCAUUAUGGAUGGACAUAAUUUAGCAACAGGUGCCGUGGCCUGUGUUCAAGGCAUUGCCAAUCCAGUUUCUUUGGCACGACAUGUCAUGGAAGACACGCCUCACUGUUUGUUAGCAGCAGAAGGAGCCUUAAAGUUUGCUAGGAAGAUAGGAUUUCCUGUUCUUGAGAACCCACUGGAACUUGUGACAAAUGAAUCACAUGCACGGUCUGCACAAGGGGAAAAUUAUGUUGCUAUGGCUGAAAACUAUUUGAGCACAGGAGAUGCUGACAACAAACAGGGAUUUGACACUGUGGGGGCACUUGCUUUGGACUCGCAUGGAAGACUUGCAAGUGCUACAUCAACAGGUGGAUUGCCCAUGAAAAUGCCAGGAAGAGUUGGCGACACCCCCUUGGUUGGAUGUGGAGGGUAUGCUAAUACUGUAGCGGCUGCCUCUACAACAGGACAUGGGGAAUCGCUGAUGAGAGCUGUUCUGGCAUGGGAUGUUGUACGAAAUGUAGAGGAUGGUUUGAGUCCUGCGCUAGCCUGUGAAAAGUCUGUCAAUAAGAUGGCAACUUCAAUUCAAGGUGUUGGUGGGGUUAUAGCACUCAACAGCAAUGGAGAGUUUGGGAAAGCUUUUUGCACAGAUCAUAUGGCGUGGGCAUCUGUUAGUGGACGUGUAGUUAAAUUUGGCCUGGGUGAUCAGGCUGAUGACCAAGGGGUUCCCUUUUAAACAUUUAAUUAAUGUCAUUAUUACAAAAAAAACAAAAAUGAGACUUCUUAUUACUGAUAGUUUAAGUAUAAUAAUAUUAUGAUAACAUGCAAUUUGAUACAACAUGACACAACACAAAAUGACAUGACACAAUUUCCAGCUGGUUCCAAACCCAAAAUUUUUCUUGGGAGGCUGAGGAGAAAUGGAUUUUUUUCUGGAACAAGACAAUGCUUUUUUUUAAAAAUAUACUGCGAAAAUAUGUCUUAACAUACAUUGUAUUUCUUGUUUUAUAUGUGAUAUUUGUAUUUAGCAUUUUCUAAAAACACUGCAAUUAUUAGUAUUAUUUUAAAAAUAGAAAAUUUUGUAUAUCUAUUUAGAAUGAAUGAGUAUGACAGUGAAAGUUGUAUUUAAUAUUUUUUUAUUACAAUUACCACAAUUAUUUUAAAAGUAGACAGUCCUAUAUAUCCUUUUAGAAAACAGAAUCAUUGUACAGUGUAUUCUAGAAGAGAUUUUUCAACAUAAAGUGAAAUCCACUUUUUUAUUACU